AUAACAGGAAUUCGCUCAGAGACCAUUUCUGUGCCACAAGAAAUAAAAGCAUUGCAGCUGUGGAAUGAGAUAGAAACGCGCCAUCCUGGAUUGGCUGACGUCAGAAAUCAGGUGAUAUUUGCUGUUCGUCAAGAAUAUGUCGAGCUUGGAGAUCAGCUCCUCCUGCUUCAAUCAGGAGACGAAAUUGCCAUUAUCCCCCCAAUUAGUGGAGGAUAGUGCUUUUGAGCCACCUGGGAAAGAUAUAAAUGAAGUUGAAGAGAAAUCGAAAGAUAUAAUAAAAUUCACAUCUGAGCAACUUUCAGUAGAUGAAGUCUCACAGCUGGUGAUUUCUCCACUCUGUGGUGCAAUAUCCCUAUUUGUAGGAACUACAAGGAAUAACUUCGAAGGGAAAAAAGUCAUUAGCUUAGAGUAUGAAGCAUAUCUACCAAUGGCAGAAAAUGAAGUCAGAAAAAUUUGUAGUGACAUUAGGCAGAAAUGGCCAGUCAAACACAUAGCAGUGUUCCAUCGGCUUGGCUUAGUUCCAGUGUCAGAAGCAAGCAUUAUCAUUGCUGUGUCCUCAGCCCAUAGGACUGCAUCCCUCGAAGCUGUGAGCUAUGCCAUUGAUACUUUAAAAGCCAAGGUGCCCAUAUGGAAAAAGGAAAUGUAUGAAGAAUCAUCAUCAUCUUGGAAAAGAAACAAAGAAUGCUUUUGGGCAACCGAUGAUUAAACCACUUAGGUUUUUAGAGUCUUAAAAUUUAAACUUGGUAAAUUCUUAUCUUUGAUCAUGUUUUGAUUUUUCUUCUCCAGAAGAUAGUUUACUGAACAUAAACUCUUAUGUUACACCAGUGGAACAAGAGAGAAAACAAAGCAAAAUAAAUGAGUAUUUAGGAUGAGGGCUUAUUCAGGAACUAGAGAUAGAGGAAAGAAAGGCUUUAGGGAAAAAAUGGAAAAAUAAUUUAAAUGUAAGGAAAGAUGCCUGUGGUAGACAUAUUAUUCUAUGACUAAGCUCUAACUGUAACUUGACUCACACUGAGGUGUGGCCCCUCCUCAAUGACUGUCUCAGAGGCUGUCCCCAACCCCCUACCCCUAUGCCCAGUGAUAUCAUUGGUGUCAGGGAUGCGUUUUGGGAAUGUAGGUGGAACUGGAAGGUGUAAAAAGUCCUUAUCGGUUACUCUUGGUAUGAUAUAUUUUUAGAAUUUAUAUAUUUUUAAAAUAAGCUAAAUAAACAUGAUUUUAAAAGUUUAAAAGCAGUAUUUUCCUGUUUUUAAAAAUUCAGUGAUAAUACCUAAGAUAUUUCAUCAUAUGAAGCUGUCUAGUAUUUCAGAAUCAAUAAUCUUACCAUAAUACUUAUUAUAUUUUAUUAGUUAUUAGUAUUGUAUCAAUAUAUAAAUUAGAAUAAAAUUGUUGUAAAACAAGGCAAACUAGCAACAAGGGUGCUUUGUGUUAUAAUGUUAGUUAUAAAAUUGUACCCACAACCAAUUAAAAAGGAAAAUUAUAUGAUUAUUUGGUAAAGUAUUUUCAGAUAGUUUUUUUCAGCUUAAGCAACAUUAUCAUUAAUAAAGUUAUGUUUUCUGCAAAAUCUUUAUACUAAAUAAUGGUCCAGUUUUUGCUUGGUCGACCUAUAUACCAUCUUGGUAGAUCUUAGUAUGUAAGUUCCAUAUAGUUCUUUUUUUUUUUUUUAAUUGAAGUAUUGUUGACUUAUCAUAUUUUGUUAGUUUUAGGUGUACAGCAUAGUGAUUUGGGGGUUUUUGCAUAUUAUAUUCCAUUAUAGGUUAUUACAAGAUGUUGGUAUAAUUCCCUAUGCUGUACAGUAAAUCCUUGUUGCUUAUCUGUUUUAUGUAUAGGAGUUCGUAUCUGUUAAUCCCAUACUCGUAAUUUGUCCUUCCCCUUCGUCCUCUCCCCUUUGGUAAACAUAAGUUUGUUCUCUAUGUCUGUGAGUGUUUCUGUUUUGUAUAUAGAUUCAUUUGUGUUAUUUUUUUAGAUUCCACAUAUAAGUGAUAUCAUAUAGCAUUUGUCUUUCUCUGUCUGACUUAUUUCACUAAGCAUAAGACUCCAUAAAUCCAUCCAUGUUGCUGCAAAUGGUGAUUUUGUUUUGUGUGUGUGGUGAGUAAUAUUCCAUUGUAUGUGUAUGUGUGUAUAUGUCACAUCUUCUUAAGCCAGUCAUCUGUUGGGUUGCUUCCCUGUCUUGGCUAUUAUGUAAUAAA